CACGGGGAGAUAACUCUUAAUUCUUAGUCAAAGAGGAAAAUUCGAAACCGAAUUUUGAUCAAGUUUUGUUUCAUAGUUGCUUAUCACAGACUGUACUUGGCUUGGGGAGCUCAAGUUAAAAUGGCAAGCAUACUGUUACAGUUUCCUCCACCACCGAGACGACAGCCUUCAUCUGCACUUCCUAGAAGUACUAAUUGUACUGUAUUUGAGCAGGAAGGACAACUAAAAGAUAUUCCAGAUUCUACAGCUAUUUCAUCAGUGGUAGCUGAGUAUCCAAAGAUAAGUCUUCAAAAUGAAGCAGCAAGUCGAGUGAAUGUCCGCUAUGAAAAUGCACAGUUGGCAUUUUUAUCUAAUGGGCAGUCAUCAUGGAAAAAACCUUUGCAUGCUUGGUAUAACGGUGGCUUUUUGAAUAUGUUUGAUCAACUUUCAGAGCUACAGGAUGAAGCUCCACAGUGGAUGCUAUCUGCCUGCAAAAUGUCUAUGUCUAUUGUGCAAAUUUUAAAGUCUUUCAAAAAUUUUAUACUUCCAAAAACAGUGAUGUCAAAUGAAGAAAUAUUGUCAAAUUUUACACAUGUUUCUGAUUGGCACAAAAGUCCAAUUCAAGCCUUAGCAUGGCAUCCACAUGUUAUUAAAGUUGCUAUUGCCCUACACGAUGACUCUGUUCAUAUAUAUUAUUCAGGCAGUGAUAUGCGCCCUUUGCUCAAACAUAAGUUACAAAAACAGGUUACAGAUCUCGCUUGGCAGCCCUUGUCAUCAUCUAUUCUUGCAGUGGCUUGUCAGGCUUGUGUACUUAUCUGGCAUAUAGAACCGACAUCUCUGGCUGUCAGGCCAUCUUCAAGUACAGUCCAGGUGCUACAGUAUAAUAAUCAUUCACCUGUAACAAGUCUAGCUUGGAGUCCUGAUGGUGAUCAUUUAAUUUCGGCAUCUCCAAGGCAAACCUCCAUUGUAGUUUGGGAUGUUCCAAAAGAGACAGGUAUUGCUUUAAGUGGCAACAGAGGAGGAGGUAUCACUUUACUUUCCUAUGCACCAGACAGUUCAAAAUUAUUCACCGCAACACCUUCUCCACAUUUCAGAGUUUGGGAUACUAAGGGCUGGCUGUCAGAAAAUUGGUACAACUUAUCAGGGCACUGUACUGCUGCUUGCUGGAGUCCUGAUGGUAAAGUGCUUGUAUUCGCAAUGGAAAAAAACUCUGCCCUGUACGCAGUGCGAUUUCCUGAUUGUAAGGAUGAAAAUUCACUGAGUGCUGUAAAUACUUCAAUGCUUCUUGCUGAUGUCUCACAAGUCAGUAUUUCUACAGCAAAUGGCGAAGAAAUUAGAGUUGGAGGUCAAGUGAAAUCUGUAGUUUGGGAUAAAACUGGAGAAAGAUUAGCAGUUCUAUUUCAACCCAAUGAACUUGAAAACAACCAAGUAGUUGCUGUGUUCAAGUCAACAAUUUAUCCUGUUCUGGAGCUUUUCCCUGGUGGUUUUAUUAAAGGAGAGUCAGGGGAAUCUGCACAUCAUAUUGCAUUUUUACCAUGUUUCAACAAAGGAGCUCUUUUAAGUAUAGUAUGGUCAUCAGGAAAUGUUAGUUAUGUGCCCAUGUAUUUUGUUCCUGCCUGUAAAAUACCGUACAACCCAAAAGCAAAUUUUGGACCUUGGCUAUCUACAAGUUUUAUGUCUCCAAAAUAAUUCUUUAAACUCUGAUACAUACAUAAGUUAAACAAAGAAAUAAUAGCUUUUUAUUAUUGCCUUGUUAAAAAAUGGGAUGAAUACAGUCUGAAUCUCACUAAUACAGUAACUGAAACAGGUUUUUAUGAAUUUGUUAUAGUUGAGAUUAGUUACAACAUGAAGUUUUAGUUGGUCUUGUUAUAAAUUUUUUUCAUCAUUGUACAUUUAUUGCAGGUUUAUAUUGUUUUUCUUAAAAAUGUAAAACAAAAAGUUAUGAUGCAGACAAUAUUAAAGAAGCAAUUUGAAGU